UUUCCCAAAUGGACUGUGGAGAGAGUGAGUGUGUGUAGAGGCGAGGGGGAGGAAACCAGCUGAAAAGAAGGAGAAAUAACAGAAGCUUUCAUACAGGGGUUGGUUUAAGAAGAUUUGUUGUACUACUUAGCAAGGAUCCACCGAAAUGGCUUUCUUGUUGAUGUCAGUUACUGUUCUACAUUUGGUCACUCUUGCGAUGCUUUUCAUUGCCACGAUGGAAAAGUCCUGGUGGUCUUGGGCAGACAUUGAAAACACAGAUCUCUGGUAUAAAUGUAUGUAUGACAACAACACAGAAACCUGGCUGUGUUCAUCUGCCAAUGAGAGCGAAUGGCUUCAGUCAGUACAAGCGCUAAUGGUAUUGUCUGUGGUCCUCUCCUCCAUCUCCUUCAUGGUGUUCCUCGGUCAGCUCUUCAUCAUGUCCAAAGGAGGCCUUUUCUACUUAACUGGAUUGUGUCAAUUUUUUGCAGGUUUUGCAGCAUUUUCAGCUGUGCUUAUCUACACUUUUCAAAGGAAAGAUAUUCUUCAAGAUUCUCGUGAACUGGAAAAGGGUCAUUUCGGCUACUGUUACAUCCUAGCCUGGGUGUGCGUGCCUCUCUUGCUUGUUAGUGGCUCACUUUAUGUCCAUCUGCGCAAAAGGGCCUGAUUGUCUCAUUAAAGCUGAAUGCAGCAUGGGAUCUUAUACUGUCGAUUUUAUAUGCUUAAACUCUAGCUAUUAUAAUAUGGCUUGCUGUUCUGUAUAAUUUAUUAUCCCGGACCACAUUCCUGACACAUGCUUUAAUGCUUUUUUGGCAAACAAAUGAGAUGGUCCUCGCUGCAGACUGUAGCGCGGUGACGAAGUGGAUCCAAUCCUCUGCGUAGUUUGCAAAAGUGAAAUUAAAGUGAAUCUGGAGCGCUUUAAAAAUUACGCGCUCAGCACAGGGAACCGAAUGGAGCACAUCUGUUACUCUGAGCAUGGGAUGGAUUUGUGGAGCACAGGACUGCUCUGAAUACACUGUAAUAAUGAUUAUACACCAUACAGACAGGACAGAGCAGUCUGCAUACACUUUGAAGCAAACAGUUUGAUUUAUCUAUUAAUUUAAUUAAAUCGUCGUAGCCCUUUGCGGUUAAAUAAUGGUACAAUGUCAUACCGCGAUUUUAAUUUAAUAAAUUGUGCAGCCAUAAUAUAAAAUGUGUGUUUAGGUGUGUGUGUGUGUGUUAUAUGAAUAUAUACUGUAUUAAUGUUAAGUACAUAACCGUAAUAAUAAAACUAUGCGCAUGCGUAUAAAAAUUUUAAUACGCAUGUGCAUUGAAACAUCCACUAUGUCCCUAUAAUCCAAUAUGCGUGUGAUUAGAUCAUAGACUGUAAAAAAAGAUGGACGACGCCCCUUCGCUCUUUUCCAUUGGUGAGAACUGAAGCCGCCAGUGUCCCGAUGUGGCGCUGACAUCUUUGGACUUGAGUCUGCGCAGUUGCGAUUUCGGCACCAGACCUGCGCAGUAGUGAGCAGGAAGUAAAGCCAGGAAAUCAAGGCCCCGCCCUCACUCUCGCUGAAUCAAUCGCAAGCACACGCCCCCUGCACUUUUGACUUUUGACGGUGUGAAAUAAUUAAUUAUAGAAAUGUAGAUAUUACAUUUAAAGCUCCAAUCUCCUCAGUCCUCCGAAGAUCCCGAAAAAAAUUCUGUUGGUGCUUCAGUGACUACUUCACUCAGAGAACCUGUCAAUCACAGCUGUCAAUCAUGAUGUCACUGCACCGUUUUUAUAGCAUCAAAUAACUAAAAACAAACUUAUUUUGAAAACAAACACUUCAAAUUACAUCAACGUGAUAGAAACGACAGUAAAUGACAGAAACUAUCUUUGGAAAAAAGAUAUGUGAAGUGUAAUUUAAUUGUUUAGUUGGUCUCAUGUCCCAUUGAAUAACAUGGGGAGGCGGGGUUUAUGACCUAUACUAGGACCUGUCACCGGAGGGCGAUCGAGACGUUUUGGCUUCACUUUUGAGGGCUUGUGCGACACACUUGGAUUAGAUCCACUAAGUCAUCGUGUUACAGUCUGCAGCAAGGAGUACUUGGAGAAACCAAGCAAGCAUCGAGUUGCAACAAUAGUUGCUGUAUUUUCCCAUUGUGGGAAACUGCUGCUAUAAAAUUGAAGCUGAUAAUUAAAUGGGGUUGUGUCUAUAUAAGCGUUCUUUUUAGAGUAUGUACUGGAAAUAAUGAAGAACUUACUUCUUACUAUAUCUAUAUAUGGAAGUAGGCAAAUACUUUAAAGUCCUCAAAGUAUUACUGUUUCACAAGUAAAAUAACCAUUGAUAAAAAGCACAAUGUAUAGUUGUUAUGAUUUCUUGGGUAAUGAUUGAACCAGUUAAUGUUAGGUAUUAAUGCCAGACCUCUUUGUAAAAUCUAACAUGUGUAAGGUGAAAAUAAUUGCAUACACUCUUCAACCUGGGAUUCCUUUACUAGUUCAGUUAUUGGAGUAGAAAAUAUGUGUGUCUGUGACAGUGGGAGAGCAAUCUAAAAAAAAAAAAAGUAAUACAUAAAAAAUGCUGUUCACACAAACCAUUUACUUGAAUAGACUUCUUCUAUGAUGACAUAUUGAUAUUUUACUGGGGUUUAAAGUAAAAAAAUGUCAUGUGGUGUCCAGAGACAGUAAAAAAAGUCAAAGUCCCAAUAAAAGCUGAAAUUCCUGAUAAAGGAAAUGUUGGCUUGAAUAGUGUAGAGUAAUCUUUUAUUGUUAUUUCUUAAUAAUUAAGCAGUGAAACAAUUGUUUUAAAAUAUGAUUACUAUAAAAAAAAAUGCUUUUGUCCACCAAAUCAAAUUCACUGGGUGAAACAACAUGUAUUAGUUGUUUACAACAUUUUGUUUAUGUUGACCAUAAAAAAUAUAAAACAGAGCAGACACCUUUUUAAAAAACAUCUGAUAUUUAUUUUGACAUUUUUCUGAAAAGGCAAAUUGUUUCAAGUCAUGUUGUGUAACCUUGAGAAACAUUCUGAUAAAAAAAAAUCAUACAUUAUAUAUUUAUAUAUAUAAAUACCUUGAAAAGUAUAUUUGAAAACUUUUUGUAAAUAAAUUAUGACGUUGUUUAUA